UCGACAGCAACAAGCCCGUCAUCUAUAAAAGAGCAAGCACCUUCAGCGGAGCGCUGUGGGCUUGGUGACUGUGCCACUGCACGGAUCACUAAUCAGUUCGCUCUCGCUAUGCAGGUUGGUGAGCCCUACGAUAUGUUUUCGAAAAGAUCUGGUGAUUACUUUCUGGUACAGCUGCCAAGCCCGCAGUGCUGUAUGGUUAUUAUUGCAGAGUGUGUCCACGUAAUUCGUGCACUACUAAUUCUGGCUGGAGAUAUUGAAACUAACCCUGGUCCUUCCAAUUCUGAGAACGUUCUUGCUGAGUUGCGUAAACUGUCAGCCGGUCAAACACAACUAAUUGCAGAUGUCCAGGGCUUGAGAGCUCAGCUCGGUAACACUGAUAAAACAAUUAGCGAGCUCAACAAAAGACUAACAGAUCUUGAAACUCAUUAUCAAUCUUUGGUACCACUUCGAAAGGAAGUGGAGAUCAUGCGCACUAGCACGGAGCAAACGGCCUGCAGAAUCGCUGCGUUAGAAGGCCGUAUUGAUGACGCUGAAAAUCGCUCGAGGCGAAAUAACUUAAUUUUCUAUGGCAUACCGGACCCUUCCGCAUCUGAAACACUCGCCGAGUCGGAGCACCUGGUGGUAAAUCUUUGCCGCGAUAACUUACAGGUGCACCUGGAACCAAGAGAUAUUGAACGCGCGCAUCGUCUCGGCCGGCAUUCAGUUGGUCGCUGCCGGCCUAUAAUCGCGAAGAUUGCUCUGCAUAAAACGAAAACUGCAAUACUAUCAAAUGGUCGCAAACUCAAGGGGACAGGUUACGGCAUAGGUGAAGACUUCUCACGCUCCGUCCAAAGCGCUCGAAAACAACUAAUUGCGUUUGCGAGAAGCAAGAACAAGCCAUUUUCUGUCCACUUUAAAACGCUGCACAUAAAUCAAAAACGCUACAUCUUCGAUGAUAAAUCAAACACUAUCAAAGAACUAUCGUAGCAGUCGAGGCGGCGGCGGAAGAUUGCGACACCUCUUGUUAUUUCUAGUAACACUCUUUUACUUUCUACUGUUUACACUAAUAUUCGUAGUUUUCUUCCCAAGCGGGAACCCAU